AUGGCACUGAAUACCAAGUUGCAUACAGGUGAUAGCUCCUUGUUUGACGAUCCCACAAUGUACCGUACGGUCGUUGACACAUUACAGUAUGUCACACUCACUAGGUUGGAUCUUGCUUUUGCCAUUAACAAAGUAUGUCAAUUCAUGCACUCUCCGAGUCAGAAUCACUGGGCAACAAUUAAACUCAUACUUCGUUAUCUCAAGCAUACAGUUGAUAGUCAUUUUUUCAUUCCCAUGUCUAGUGGUUGCUCUCUCGAAGAGUUUACUAAUUCUGAUUGGGCUGGUUCUCUGGAUGAUCGCAAGUCGAUCGGUGGUUAUUCUGUAUUUCUCGGGAAUGCAUUGGUUUCGUGGUCCUCUAAGAAACAACGCACUGUAUCAUGCUCGUCCAUCGAGUCUGAGUAUAAGGCCCUAGCCGAUGCCGCAUCUAAGCUUACUUGGCUUCAAUCUCUAUUGUUUGAACUUGAUGUAACUAUCCGCAAUGCUCCUGUUCUUUGGUUUUAUGAGUUCGAGAGCAUAAAGGGAACAAAGUGGCAGGAAAAAGAGAAAAAUGAUGAAAAUGCGGCCAAGAUGCGGUCGCAAAGUGUUUGCACAAAUCAAUAA